AUGCUCGAACUACCAAUAGCAAAUGAGUUCAUCUGAUCAAGGGCGUGGUUACUUGCAGUGAAGAUGAGACAAAGAAGCCAAGGGAAGGCUGGAGAACUGUAGCCACUUUAUAGAAAAAAGGUCCAAAAACAUUGGCAGUUACAGCCAAAAACGGAUGUAACAUAUUAAGCCAGCGAUAUUUUAAUUCCGUAACUAUAUGGUUAACUUUGUUUCGCACGAGUUACAUCGUAAUUGUUUUGAUAAAAACGUCAAGCAUUGACCAUGCCCAGUAGCACAUCUUUGUUGGAGAACGAGGAAACAGAGCCUGAGCUCCCGCCACUAGUCCAAACAUUUGCCGGCAUGGGCAUCGAUGACCACGGCGCGCAAAGCCAAGCUGAACAGCCAACUCUUCCUCAUCAAUGUCGGGCCUCGCCUUUCAGCCUGCUAGGUGCUGUUUUGGACCUUCAGCCUUUACCGCUCAACACAGCGGGAACGGAGGAGGGCGACGACGAUAAGUCUGAGGAAGAGGCACUAAAUGAGAAUGAAUCUGUGAACCAUUCACUGCUCGCACAGGCCCAUGUCUCAGGGCUAGGCUCUGUCAUGCUCCCAGGACAUGAGGCCCAAGAGUCAGUCGUCCUCUACAGUGAUGGGCUUGACGAUUCAUCUGCCCAGCAGGUUCCUGGGAUGAUGAUACCAUAUGGGGAACCUGGAUAUGAACCACCUCUGAUUAAUAUGAGAAGAAAGAGCGUCAAUACCAAGGAAUGUGUCGAGGUGCCUAGCUCUGAGCACGUAGCCGAGAUAGUCGGCCGACAGGGUUGCAAAAUCAAGGCAUUGAGGGCAAAGACCAACACCUACAUCAAAACACCAGUGAGAGGGGAGGAGCCAGUAUUUGUAGUCACUGGCCGGAAAGAAGAUGUGGCCAUGGCUAAAAGAGAGAUUCUUUCAGCUGCUGAACAUUUUUCCCACAUCCGAGCCUCCCGGAACAAAGCAGGACCGUUAGCAACCACCGGACCUGGGCUGACUAGUGCCCCCUCCUUGCCUGGUCAAACCACCAUCCAGGUUCGUGUGCCAUACCGUGUAGUGGGUCUGGUAGUGGGGCCUAAAGGUGCCACCAUUAAGCGAAUUCAACAGCAGACUCACACCUACAUUGUCACACCCAGUCGCGACAAGGAGCCUGUAUUUGAGGUCACAGGAAUGCCCGAGAAUGUUGACCGAGCUCGCGAAGAGAUUGAAGCACACAUCGCCAUGCGCACAGGCAGCUGCGUUGACAUGAGCACAGAAGACAACGACUUCCAUUGCAACGGUACUGACGUCAGCUUCGAAACAAGCGGCUGUGGGGCCUGGCUCCAUUCAAACACGGUUCCGCCCAGCGGAGUCCAUCGGGGAACAGGCACCGGCUCGGCCCGGAUCACCGCCAACUAUCGCAAUGACAGCUCGAGCUCUCUUGGUAGUGGUUCCUCUGACUCGUUCUACAGUGGUGGAGGAAACCGCAUGGCUGACUUCAGUCCCACAAGUCCAUUCAACAGUAACAGCAGCAGUAGCAGCAGCGGAGGUGGUGGUGGUAGCGGUGGUGGUAGCUUCUGGUUCGGGGAGUCCUUACUUCCCGCGGGGUCAGAGGACCUGGCUGGGCUGGAUCCACCAGGCUUCGACAGUCUUCCCAUUGCGACGGCGCCCUCGGUCAAUGCCGUGCCGAUUGUGUGGAACCCCUACGAGCAGGCCAUCCAUGUCUUCGACACUCGCACCCCCUCGUUCCGCGACAGCCAGCCAGGGACCCCACGCCUCUCGCCCACCUUUCAGGAAGCCCUCGAGCACCCCAUGGCCCAGUUUGUGCAGAGCGGCUACCUCAGCUCAGAUGCGCACAAGCUCACCAACUACGGCCCUGCCUUCUCGUCCUCCAGUGACAGCACCACCUCCAACUCUCCUCCCGACCAUCAGUUUUGUGGCCCAACCUCUCGAGGAGGCGGCCUCUACUCGCUUCCAAGGGAGUGACGCCCAUCGUCGCUGUCCCAUGCUCCCCCUGGCCUGGGCAUUGUGGUCUUUCCUGCAUAGAAUGCACUCACAGUAUUCUACACAGUGCAUAGCCCGUCUGCACUUGUGUACCAGACGCAUGACCCAGGCUGUAAAGCUAGGUAGAAUGUGAGCUGAUCUGAGGUGUCAGACGAGAGGUCCUGGGGGAAGCAUGUGUACUACUUAGGUGUAAUGUUUGGGAUGGGACCUUGGGAUGUAGCUGGUAGUUAGAGGGAGAGGGCGUAAGGGUGAAAAUAAGGAAAUAUCAAAGAAUAUGGAGUUUUAUUUUUACAUUACAUUAAUCCUGUUAUUUUUUUAUCAUUUGUAUUUUUAUUUUCCAGAAAUGUUAAAACAUACGGUUAAAACAAAGUUUAAAUCAAGGCUAAUGUCUAACUUUUUUCCUGUCAAUUUAAAACACCCCAUGUGUUUAGCUGCUAUGUUGAUUUCCUGUAUUUCUUUUAAAUUUUCUUUCUUAAUUUUGAAUAUUUUUUACUUUUUCCAUCUUCGCAUUGCUGAAAUUGGGGUGGAGUAGGUUCUUCCUUGGGAAUUGAGAAGUGUCGCGCAUUGCUGCGCUAUCCAUUUCUUCAAAGAACGUGCUUAGAUUUUUAUUUUUCUAGUUCCGUUUAGAUUUACUCGUGCCUAAUCCAAUUCCACUUGAUUACAAUCCAACCUUUAGUUUUGUGUGCGUAGUGUUACCAUUGAACUCUAACUUAAAAAAAACAACAAAAAAACGAAGCAAGUCUGUGGCCUUUGCCCCAUUGUCUUGGCUAGUUCUAAAACACUAGACGCCAACCAUGAGCUUUUCGUUCUUUUCAUCAUUGCUAAAACAGUAGAUGCACAGGAUUGUGGAAAAGUCUUCGAUGUAGUGGAAAUGGGUGUGGUUUUUGCACUGACAUUCCAGCUAAACCUGUAGUUUUCUCGUGGAGAGGGUUCAGUUAAAGUCAACUCUAGGCAGGGAACUCAGUGUUUCAAGAGCGACUGUCUUAAAGUGGCUCUCAUUACAUCGCCUGAUUUCAAAUAACUGACAACUUUAUUGCCUUAAAGGAACCAGCCAGAUCAUUCACUCUGUGGUCUGAGACAGUCAGCAGGUCCGAUAGAUUUUUCUAUCUGCGUACCUAGUACAUCCUAAGUACAUGGCGUGGGAAGUUCCUCCAAUGUGAACGCGAAGGCCACACCUGUUCCCAUGCAUCGAUUUGUGUGUGUGGGGGGGGGGGUCGACGAUCUGUUUGAGGGGUGGGUGGCUUUUCUCUGUGAUGUGUUCAUCAAUUUAGAAAGGUACAAUUUGUGCGCAGACAACCUCGCACAACGGCCCACAUGGCACAACAGCCCACACAAUUCUUCCUCCGACCACUACUGAAAACCCAGUGUUUUAGAGCCACAGCCAAAGGCCAUGAACCUGACGAGUCCUGGUCAAACGGAUGGAGAACACAUUGGUCCAUAACCUCUCAAGAUUACUCUUGACAUUUUUUGCAUUGUUUUUUUAAAUGUAGAUUGGUUAAAAUUGUACAGAACUUUAUUUUUAUUUCUUCUAGAAGUUACAUUUCAUAUGCCUAUAAAUAUAUAUAUAUAUUACAAUUUUAAAGAUAAGGUUAUAUAUUUUUUUCUAUAGUAUGACUUGAGCAAAUCUCUCGGUGAGUUGCAGUGCACUGCUGAUUGUCAGUGCUCUCCGCUUGUAGUGCAGUUUAACAGUAUUGAAAAUAAGAUUAACUAGUCUUUUGGGCAAGGAGGAAUGUGCACAUAAGCAUGAUUUCAUAACAUACCACAUUGUACACUGCAACUAAAAGGCCAAGGAUCUAACAUGUAAGAUGCAUAUAUGUCUGUACGUCACCAAACUAUAAAUGAAAUUAUAUAUAUGUGCAGAUAUUGUUUAUUGGUACAGUGUGUACAUAUUGGCUCACUGCACCAACAGUUAAGUAUUUGCUAAUUUUACUACCUUCAUUAUGUGUAUGUAGGGACACAUUAGGGCAUAUAUGUUCUACAGAAUAAGGUUAAAUGCAAAUUAUAUUUUAUGAUUAAUGGCCUUCAUGUGUCAUGUGGCCAAAGCACUGAUACUAUAUAUUUGCUGUAAAGAGAAUUAAGAGUUUUAUUUUCUGAUAUUAAAAGUUACUUAAUAAAGGCAGUUUCAUUCUAAAAAAAAAAAAAA